CGCGGACAGAGUGGCUCAAUGACGGCACAACGAGUCCAAGAAGCAAGCCGAGGCAGCGUAAAGGCAAAUUGAACAAUUCGCGAAAUUGAUUUGGCCAACGACGUCGACCAAUCUCGCCGCCAGCAUGCCAACAGCCUGUGGCUCGAUGAGUGCACUUGCUAGUAGACUCACCAGACUAGCCAUCAUCCCGGUAGCUCGGCCUCGAGCAGCCCCUUUGCGAGUCUUGCGACCCCCGCCGAUGCCUGUAGCCAGCACGAGUGCUCGUCCAUUCAGCUCGACCUCUCCUGCUCUCACGACGCUCAAUCAGGUCAUGAAGCACCCGCGGCGGACACCGAUCGAGAAGAAAGGCAAUGUCGCACUCAAGGCUUGCCCCCAGCGCAAGGGCGUCUGCAGUCGAGUCUACACGGUCAAGCCGAAGAAGCCUAAUUCUGCCGUCCGUAAAGUAGCCAAAGUCAAGCUCACAACGGGCAUCUCUGUGCUCGCAUACAUUCCUGGAGAGGGACACAACUUACAAGAACACUCUGUCGUUUUGCUCAGAGGUGGCAGAACGCAAGAUUUGCCAGGCGUCAGAUACAAGGUCGUACGUGGAGCACUAGACUUCAAUGGCGUAGCAGGCAAGCGCAAAGCCAGGAGCAAAUAUGGAGGCGCGUCUCCAUUCCCAUGCGCUCUGUCUCAUGCUGAUUUCACCGGAGCAUCACAGCCAAGAAGCCCAAGGAAGCGAUAGUGUAGUGCAUUGCAUCAGUCUGUACCA